CUUCAAGUAUAUAACUUCUUCUAGGUGUCCGGAACUCGUUCCUAUCAUCACUUCUCAAAUCUCGAACCCUCUCGUUCGUGCCGAUCACUAGGUCACACUUCAUCAAUGGCGGGUAGAGGCAAAACCCUAGGAUCCAGCGCCGCUAAGAAGGCCACCUCAAGGAGCAGCAAAGCCGGCCUCCAAUUCCCCGUCGGUCGUAUUGCCAGGUUCCUCAAGGCCGGAAAGUACGCCGAGCGCGUCGGCGCCGGAGCCCCCGUCUACCUCGCCGCCGUUCUCGAAUAUCUCGCUGCUGAGGUUUUGGAAUUGGCUGGAAACGCUGCGAGAGAUAACAAGAAGACUAGAAUUGUUCCACGCCACAUCCAAUUGGCGGUGAGGAACGACGAAGAGUUGAGCAAGCUUCUCGGAGAUGUUACCAUUGCUAACGGCGGUGUUAUGCCUAACAUUCACAACCUUCUUCUUCCCAAGAAGGCUGGGGGCUCAUCCAAGGGUGCCGCUGCUGACGAUGACUCUUAAAUAGGGAUUCACUGUUCACAAAGUUCUUGAAUUUAGAUUCUAUGUUUGCUCUUCUUUUUUUUUUCCUUUUUAUUUGUAGUUAUGAUAAUUGUGCCCUUUGUAGUAGUAGUUAGGUUUUCAGUUAGAGAUGUGUUUAAAGAAUGCUCUUACGCAUCAAGAAAGGUUGUUCAAAAUUUAAAUUAUUUUAAUGUCACCUUUGAGUCUUGAUCUAGCAUUUGAUUUCUAA